GCCAUACAAAUGAGAUAGACUAUUCAACCCAUGCAUAUACAAGACACAUGUCUCAAUAAAAUCGUCUCAUACAUGAUUUUAUUGAUUUAAAAAGUUAAAUAUUCUUACUAUUGAAUAAUAGUGAAGAUGUACACAUCAUCAUUAUUCAUCCAUCCUAUUACCUCUUUGAUCGCUUCCAAAAAGUAAGGCAAAUAAGUUGUACAACAAAAGACAAGACAGAGAAAGAAGUAGAAACCAAACAUUAAGAGAAAGAGAGAAGAUUUAUAGUAGUAGACUAGUAGUGGAUGAUGAAACAGGCAACAUUCAUCAAGCUGGUACUUCUUUCAUCCAACCCAACAUUUCAUCCAUUUCUUUCCUCUUAAAUACUUUUUAUUUUUAUAUUUACAUAUACAAUUAAAUUGCCCACUUUCCCUUUUCCUUCCUUUAUCACUAAAAUUUGGAUUUUAGUUCAAUUUCCAUUUUCAUGAAAGAAGAACCCUACUUUUGCUGUUAAAGUUUCAAUCUUUAUAACCUAGUUUGAUUUUAUUUGUCUUAUCCGUUAUCCAAAUUCAAAUCCAUGUACUUUUCUUUCAAAAUUGAUAAUUUGUGAAAGAGGGAGAAGUCGAGACAGAAAUGAGGACACUUUGUGAUGUUUGUGAAGGUGCUGCUGCCAUUUUCUUUUGUGCUGCUGAUGAGGCUGCUCUUUGCCGUGCUUGUGAUGAGAAGGUACACAUGUGUAACAAGCUUGCUAGUCGACAUAUACGUGUUGGGCUUGCUGCUCCUACUGCUGUACCAAAGUGCGACAUCUGUGAAAAUGCUCCAGCCUUCUUUUAUUGUGAGAUUGACGGGAGUUCCCUUUGCCUGCAAUGCGACAUGGCUGUUCAUGUUGGUGGUAAAAGAACUCACAGACGGUAUCUUUUAUUGAGGCAGAGAGCGGAGUUUCCAGGGGAUAAAUAUGGGAAUGGUGAACACGUGGGCUUACAACAGGUUGAUCGAAUGGAAGUUAGGAGGGAACCAAAUCAAUCACCAAAUGCAACCGUGAUGGACAAAGAGCAAAAUCAUGUAGUAUUUGUAGACGGGAAUGUUGUCCCUGAUGCUCAAAUGGACAACAAAAUGAUUGAUCUUAAUGCCAGACCCCAAAGGAAUGUCCUGCAGUCUUCCAACAAUCAGGGAAUGGAUGAUGUUCCUGAAGCUAAUGGUGAUUCGGCCAGCUUUGUUCCCGUUAACUCUUUAAAAAGCGAGCCAGAGAAAUGAGCCAGAAUGCUUGGACACUGGAGGUCCCAUAAACCCGGCGGGCUGUUUUCAGGUGAAAUGUCCAUACCCUUGGGACUUCAAAGUUGAAGCUUAUUCUUGCAUGUAAAAAACACCAAAAUCAUAGGCUUUAAAAAACAAUCAUUUGAAGUCUCUUAGAUGCCAAGGCCAUGCUCCUUGUGGACAAAGUCCAAUUAUUUAGCCUUUAAACUAGGGCGUUCUGUAAAAAGCCAUCUUAUUUCGGCCUGCCAACCAUUUUUACCACCAUUGAAGUAACUACGGAACUAGUUAUGGAAACUGAUGGUGUUAUGGUGUUUCGAGUACAUUAUCACACAGGUUGAGACUCCACGUAUGUGAAUAUAUGCAAGUUAUCGUAAAUUAGCGUGGAAGAGAUAAAAUAACCACCUCACGGGUAUACAAGGAACUACUGGCUUCGCCCCUACACGGGAAAAGUGGUUUUGGGAUGAAACAUUGUUUGAAAUUGUAAGUAGUAUACUCUUUAUUCUCUUCAUGGAUGUAGCUUUUAAUUCAUUUCGUAACUUGCUAUCGGAUGCAUAACCUAGUAGGCUUUUACGAGUAAUGCUAACAUCGAAAUGAAAAAUUUAUAUGCCGAGGUGAGCUACUUGUUUCAGACCCUUCGUUUUUAAGAGUUUUCAUCGUACGCUUAAAAACUGUACAUACAUAUUUGGGCGUACAGGAGAACUCUUGAGAACAUAGUAGUUAGUAGUCCCCUUAGUAAACAAGUUUGCAACGUAUAAGCACGAAUUUGUCGUGUAUCUUGGCUGCAAGUGAAAAUUGUAGAAUAAGAUGUAUUUUUCGAAAAAAUAACGUAUAUGUGAUCCAACAUCAAAAUAUUAGAGAGAAGUUGACUAAUAUAUAAGAUUGAUGGUUUAUUUCUUUUAUUAGGAAUUGGUUUUAGAAAAGAACUGUGUGCAACCAGUUCUCCUAUUAUGUGGGUCAUGUAAAAUUUGACUAACAUAUAAGCUUGAUGAACUUUUCUUAUCACCAAUUAAUUUUAAGAUGAAAUUUCAUUAGAUGUGACCAUUUUUUUUGUUUGCUAGUAAUAAUAACGAACAUACUUAAUCUCAGUUUUGACAUGAAGACAGCUUAUUUUGGAAAUUAAUCAAAAUGUUAGGUUUCUUUUCUUUGGAUGAGUCAUAGGUAGAAUAUUGAUCUCAGUUAUGAUCAUUCUUGCAACUUUAACUUGACUUUUAAAGAAUCUCUUACAACAAUAUAUUAGAAGUAGAAUACUAAAAUAUUUACCAAAUGAUAAAUGAUUAAACAUCAAAAUUAUAUAUAAUUGUGAAUUACAAAUUCAUUUUUAAUUCUAAAAUAAUCAUGCUUUGCUAACAAGCACUAUUCGAAUUUUCAUUUAUUUUUAUAAAUUUGCUAUUAAUACUGAUAUUUUCUCUCAUAAUAUAUCAUUAUUAAUAGCAAAUUCACACGGAGAAUAGUCUUGGACCUCGAUAAGGUAGGUCACUUUUUCUUUUGACAUUUUCCAUACAAACGUCCACUACAUUUCAAAUCCUCACAACAAGGCCCAAUAAGAAAUGCACAAUUCACCCCUUCUUUUAUACAUAUGCUCCUAUAUUUGCUGAAUCUAGCUUCCACGGGUUGGACUGCAAAAGAUUUCACACACAAAUAUUAUUACCAGUUCAUCUUGUAUAAAUUUAGCGCACCCUUAAUUUUUUAAUAUUCUUUUUAUUAAAUAAAUUAUUCUCUUUAAGAAUUGAAAAAUUCAAAGGAAUUUUGUGAGAUAUAUAUAAUUGAUGAUAUAUAUCUAUGCGAAAUCUUAUUAGAUUCUUGUUGAUAUAUACUUUUUUAUUUUAUAAGUUUUAUAAUGCAUAUUUAUUUUGAAAACUAUGAAAAAUAAAUAGGAGGAAAAAAAAAUGUAGGGAAUAUUAGCCAAGUACUAUUACUCUCAUCAUUUAUCUAUGAAUAAAAAACAUUAUACUUGCUUGAAAAUUUUGCUUCAAAGGAAUAUUUUUUUUAUAGAAUUAAUCAUAAUUGAAAUCUUAUAAUAACGAAUGAUUAAAGAUAAAAAUGGAUCGAAUUAAAAGAAGAUAAAAGUGGGUAAAAUAUAAUAUUAAAG